GAUUUGACGAAAUAAUAUUCCUAAUGGCUAAUAGUAUACCAUUAAUUAUAUCUCUCUAAAAACAUGUCUUCCACGUUGCUAAUCUGUUCGGGAAGAAAAAACGGACAAAAAAAAAGGUUCACAUCAUUCUGUCGUAAAUGGAUUGAUUCAACAACAAGGGUCCCUUGUCUCUCUGUUUAUGUUAUUUAGUCUUAAAACAUGCACCAAAAAAAGUCCUCCACUUUUUUUUAAAUCUUCCGUAUUCUCUGUUAUGCUAGUACCACAACCCUUUACUUUGCCAUUCUUUCAAGCUAAAAAGUAGAAGUUUUUUUUUUUUUUUUUCUGCCAUUGGAUUCUUAGAAAUAUAAAGGAGAAGGGUCAAGUUCCAAUCUGGAAACGAUUGAAGUUGAGCCCUUUGCUUGGCAUUAUCAAACUCUUUCUUCUUUUCAUUUAUUUUCUAGCAUUGGGUUCCUUAGAAUUAUCAAUUAAAGGGGUAUAGUUGGAAUCUUGGGAGGGAUUGAAGUGAAUUUUCUUUGCAUUGUCUUCUAAGCUGGUAUUGGGUUCAUUAGAAUUUUUAAGGAAAAAGGGUAUAGUUGAAAUCUUGAGGAGGAUUGAAGUGUUUUGCAUGAUAAGAUGUCGAUACCAAAGGAGAUAGAGCAAGUGAUGAAGAUGAGAGGGGGAUCUGUGUUGGGUAAAAAGACCAUUCUCAAGAGCGACCAUUUCCCUGGUUGCCAAAACAAGCGCUUGUCUCCCCAGAUCGAUGGUGCUCCCAAUUACCGUCAGGCAGAUUCAUUGCGUGUUCAUGGUGUUGCCAUUCCAACAAUUGUUGGAAUCCAAAAUGUCCUUAAUCAUAUUGGAGCUCAGAAAGAUGGGAAACAAGCACACGUUCUUUGGAUUAGUCUUCGAGAAGAACCGGUUGUAUACAUAAAUGGGCAUCCCUUUGUUUUGCGUGAUGUCGAAAGGCCCUUCUCCAAUCUUGAAUAUACGGGAAUCAAUAGGGAUAGAGUUGAGCAAAUGGAAGCUCGAUUAAAGGAAGAUAUUUUGAUGGAAGCUGCAAGAUAUGGAAAUAAGAUCCUUGUCACUGAUGAACUGCCAGAUGGUGAGAUGGUGGACCAGUGGGAACAAGUAUCCUGUAAUUCAGUGAAAACACCAUUAGAGGUAUAUGAGGAAUUGCAACUUGCUGGGUACCAUGUUGACUAUGAGCGUGUGCCUAUAACAGAUGAGAAGUCACCAAAGGAGCUAGAUUUUGAUAUUCUGGUUAAUAAAAUUUCUCAAGCUAACAUAAGCACUGAGGUUAUAUUUAAUUGUCAAAUGGGACGAGGAAGAACCACUACUGGCAUGGUUAUUGCAACUUUAGUUUAUCUCAACAGAAUCGGAGCUUCAGGCAUUCCAAGAACCAAUUCAAUUGGGAGAGUUUUCAACUCUGGUUCAAAUAUCACUAACAAUCUGCCCAAUUCUGAGGAGGCAAUUUGUAGAGGAGAAUAUACACUCAUAAGGAGCCUGAUUCGGGUCCUAGAGGGUGGUGUUGAAGGGAAACGACAAGUGGACAAGGUCAUUGACAAAUGUGCUUCUAUGCAGAACCUCAGAGAAGCAAUUGCCACUUAUCGCAAUAGCAUUCUCCGUCAACCAGAUGAGAUGAAGAGAGAAGCAUCACUUUCAUUUUUUGUGGAGUACUUGGAGAGAUAUUACUUUCUUAUAUGCUUUGCUGUAUAUAUUCAUUCAGAGAGGGCAGCUCUUCGUUCAAGUUCCUUUGAUCAUACCAGUUUUUCAGACUGGAUGAAAGCAAGGCCAGAGUUGUAUAGCAUUAUUCACAGGUUGCUUCGGAGAGAUCCUAUGGGUGCACUUGGAUAUGCAAGUCUGAACCCAUCUUUGACAAUGGUUGUUGAAUCUGCUGAUGGUCGCCCUCAUGAAGUGGGUGUAGUUGCUGCUCUGAGGAAUGGGGAGGUUCUCGGGAGCCAGACUGUCCUAAAAAGUGACCACUGUCCUGGUUGUCAAAAUGCAAGCUUACCAGAGAGAGUAGAGGGUGCUCCUAAUUUCAGAGAGGUCCCUGGGUUUCCAGUUUAUGGAGUUGCUAAUCCAACUAUUGAUGGAAUUCGAUCUGUCAUUCAAAGGAUUGGCAGCUCCAAAGGUGGUCGUCCAGUUUUUUGGCACAAUAUGCGGGAAGAACCUGUCAUCUACAUUAAUGGAAAGCCAUUUGUUCUCCGUGAGGUUGAGAGGCCCUAUAAAAACAUGUUGGAGUACACGGGAAUUGAUCGUGAGAGAGUGGAAAAAAUGGAAGCUCGACUGAAGGAAGACAUCCUGCGAGAAGCUAAACGCUAUGAGGGUGCUAUAAUGGUCAUUCAUGAGACAGAUGAUGGGCAAAUAUUUGAUGCUUGGGAGCAUGUCAACUCUGAUUCUGUACGAACUCCAUUAGAGGUUUUUAAAUGCUUAGAGGAUGAUGGUUUUCCUAUUAAAUAUGCACGUGUGCCCAUUACAGAUGGCAAAGCUCCCAAAAGUUCUGACUUUGAUACAGUGGCUAAAAACAUUGCUUCUGUUUCAGAGCGUACUGCUUUUGUAUUCAAUUGCCAGAUGGGAAGAGGGAGGACAACAACUGGUACUGUAAUAGCUUGCCUUGUGAAGCUUCGAAUUGAUAAUGGGAGACCAAUUAAAGUUCUGCUUGAUGAGAUGAGACAUGAACAUUCAGAUGGGAGCUCGUCAAGUGGUGAAGAAAGUAAAAGUGAUGCCUCUAGAUUGACCUCUAGCACUGUUAAAGUAAGAACUAAAAAUGAGCAUGGCCGUGCAUUUGGCAUUGAUGAUAUCCUACUGUUGUGGAAGAUAACAAGAUUAUUUGAUAAUGGAGUGGAGUGCCGUGAGGCCCUAGAUGCAAUCAUUGAUAGAUGUUCAGCACUACAGAACAUACGACAAGCAGUUCUUCAAUACAGGAAAGUAUUCAACCAACAGCAUGUUGAGCCAAGGGUGAGGAGAGUAGCACUGAACCGUGGAGCUGAGUACUUGGAGCGGUACUUUUGUUUAAUUGCCUUCGCUGCAUAUCUUGGAAGUGAAGCAUUUGAUGGGUUUUGUGGACAAGGAGAAUGCUUGAUGACAUUUGAGGAUUGGUUGCAUCAGAGACCAGAGAUCCUAGCAAUGAAAUCGAGUAUAAGAUUAAGGCCUGGGCGAUUUUUCACUGUUCCUGAGGAGUUGAGAGCAUCACUUGAAUCACAGCAUGGAGAUGCUGUCAUGGAGGCCAUUGUUAAGGCACGCAAUGGUUCUGUUUUAGGAAAAGGUUCUAUACUUAAAAUGUACUUCUUUCCUGGUCAGAGAACUUCCAGCCACAUCCAAAUUCGUGGUGCACCACAUGUGUUUAAGGUGGAUGGAUACCCUGUUUAUAGCAUGGCUACUCCAACAAUUAUUGGUGCUAAAGAGAUGCUGGCAUAUCUUGGUGCCAAGGUCAAUGCAGGAUUUUCUGGUCAGAAAGUGGUGGUAACUGAUCUGAGAGAAGAGGCAGUUGUGUACAUUAAUGGCACACCAUUUGUACUGAGAGAAUUAAAUAAACCUGUUGAAACCCUAAAGCAUGUUGGAAUUACUGGCCUUGUGGUGGAACAUAUGGAAGCACGGCUAAAGGAAGAUAUAUUGUCUGAGGUUAGACAGUCUGGUGGUCAAAUGCUUCUGCAUCGCGAAGAAUAUAACCCAUCAUCAAAUCAGUCCAGUGUUGUAGGGUACUGGGAAAAUAUCUUUGCUGAUGAUGUGAAGACACCUGCUGAAGUAUAUGCUACUCUAAAAGAUGAAGGGUAUAAUAUAGUAUAUAAGAGGAUACCAUUAACUAGAGAGAGGGAGGCUUUAGCUUCUGAUGUGGAUGAAAUCCAGAGCUGUAAAGAUGACUCCUCCGGGUGUUACCUUUAUGUAUCACAUACUGGGUUUGGCGGAGUUGCAUAUGGAAUGGCAAUUAUCUGCUGCAGACUUGAUGCAGAGGUGAACUAUGGGACAUCCAAUGUUACACAAUCAUUGGCUGAUGCUCAUCUACAUUCUCCACCUGAAGAAAGCAUGUCACUUCAGACUUCUGAAGAAGAAGCACGAAGGAUGGGUGAUUAUCGUGACAUACUAAGCCUUACAAGAGUUCUCAUAGAUGGUCCGAAAAGCAAAGCAGAUGUUGAUAUCAUUAUUGAAAGGUGUGCUGGUGCAGGGCAUUUACGAGAUGAUAUCCUUCAUUAUAGUAAGGAACUUGAGCAGGUUCCCCAUGAUGACGAUGAGCAUCAAGCAUACCUAAUGGAUAUGGGCAUCAAGGCUUUAAGGCGUUACUUUUUCCUCAUCACAUUCCGGUCUUACCUGUACUGCACAUCUCCAAAUGAGACAAAAUUCACAUCUUGGAUGGUUGCAAGACCUGAACUUGGCCAUCUCUGUAAUAACCUUAGAAUCGAUAAAUAAUUUUCCAUAUUAUAAUCCUCUUCAUAAUUGAAAGAGAAUGCAUGUACAGUACAGGUCCUAAUUCCUCUUAUUAUACUGCCCCAACCCAUUCAGUUCGAGUAGGGAGCAUAAAUUAUCAGGUACAAAUUCACAGGAUCAUAAGUUAAAGGCAACUCAAAAGACUAGGGUAUAAGUGUCCAAGUUGUAUGUUGCUGAGGUUCAAGGAGUAGAGUCAAUAUACCAUUUUUAUUCAAGGAAAAAGAAAAUACAGGAUGACAAUUGUAGAACAAAACUAAGUUAAAACCCAAACAGAAAACAUUGAAAUAUUUGUUACUGCAAGAGAAUUGUUUAUUGUUGAUCAGUUUGCUAUUAUAGAAUUGUACUAUUUGGCUUGUAAGGAUACAGUGUAUCUAAACAUCAAUUUAAAUAUAAGGUUCUUUUUUCUUUUCA